AGCCUUUUUAAGCGUUUCAAGUGGUUUGCAGAUGUUGGGGGAAGGCUAGUUCUGGGGUUAUUUUUUUUCCCUUUUGGAUAUGCAUUGAGACCUUUAACCUUGAGUGGAUACAGCCGGUGUUUAUGGUCUGGUGUGUGUCUUUACGGUUAAUGGCAAUGGUUCCUCCAGCAUUUCUUGCUUUCUGCUUGUUUGAUACAGGCGCCUGCUGAAUGCAAGUCUUCAACAUUAAACUAAAGAAAAACUCGCCAGAGCGAAAAUAAAACUGGAUUUUUAAAAAUGCAAAAGCUUAAAUGCAGCUGUCCGCUCUUUUUAAGCGUUUCGGGCCGUUUGUAAAAGAUUGGGAGAGGUUGGUGUGUUCAUGGUUAUGGAAUGGUCACUCCAGCAUGUUGCUUGCUACUUUGAUACAGGCGCAUGCGAAACGCAAGUCGUUAACUGGUUAAAAAAAACCCGGCAGAACCGAAAUAAAAUUGGAUUUAAAAAAAAUGCAAAACGUUAAAUGCAGCCGCCCGGUAUUUUUAAGCGCUUCAGGCAGAUUGUACGGUUUGAUGGGGGUUAUUUUUGGGGUUGAUUUUGAUUUUGAUUAGUGCAUUGCAACAUGCAUUGAGACCUUUAACCUUGAGUGGAUACAGCGGGUGUUUCCGUUCAUGGCGGCGCCCAUGUGAGAUCUCUCCCCCUGCAUCUAACCUCUCUCCCCCCCCCGGUAUGUGGGCUCGCUGUUGCCGCCGGCUACUGCCCGCUGCGCUGCCCGCCCGCCUGGUUCCGUGUCGCGGCCGCAAGUGCCGCACCGACCCGCCGGCCCGCUCCAAGGCGGAGCGACUGCGAGUGCCCACGCCCGUCGACCCGGCCGAGCUGCUGGUGGUGCAGGAUCGCUACAGGCAAUACGUUGCUGUGGUCGCUGCACUGCGGGGUGAGUUCAAGGAGGCCUUGUUGCGGAAGCGUUAUGAAGAGGAGGUGGGCUCGCUGGCGGAGGAGCGUGCCAGGACAGAGGCCGAGGAGCAUCGGAGGCUGAUGGAGUUCAACCAGCAGGAGAACCAGCGGCUGCAGGGGCUGCGGGAUGAUCGGCUCCGGCAGGAGGCUGAGGUGGAGGCGGAGCGGAGGCUCCAGGCCGCUGCUAGCAGGGAAAAUAAACGGGCCGAAUUCCUCAGCGAGAAGGAGAGGGAGGUUCUCCAACUGCAGGAGGAAGUGAAGAGCUUCAUCACACUGGAGAACCUGGAGCAGCGAAUCGAGGAGGCUCUGGACAGUCCGCAGAGUUAUAACUUUGCCCUGGACAAGGAGGGCAGAGUGGCAAAACAAACCGUGCAGCAGUAGGGCCGACCCGUUUCUGACCCCCUGGAUUGCUUGGAACCGAGAGGGAG